GUACAGUGGAUCGUGUUGGCUUCGAUUUACCAACCGGAAAGUGACCGCGGUCUUUUUAUCAAUGAACUUUUUCUUUCCCUGUAAGUAUGGCCGUAAAGAACAGGGUGUAGGUUAUGGUUGUUUUGUUAGCAAAACAUGGUACACUGAAUAACUAAAUUACAUUACUUACCAUUGUUUAUGAGAAAUGUGUACACUUAUUACCACCGAUUUCCGUAUCUGGUCAGAAAACAAUGCAAAAAAUCAAGUUUUCUAUCGCGCAGAAAGAAAACUCGUGUGAACAUGCCAGGUGCUUCGAGGCAAAAGAAUAAAACGUCAAACUGUUCGACGAAAAGUCAGAGGCUCUGCAGUAAAAAAAAAAUACAAUAACAUAAACACACACGAAGGAAGGUGCGUCUUGCGAAAUUAAUAUUUAUCACUGACUGUUCAAAAUGGGAGGAUGGGCGUUGGAAAUUGGGAAAAUGGCACUCUACAUGACCUUCCCGGUGGCAAUGUUCCACUGGUUCAAUCAGCCGCAAUAUUUCGAGAAAUGGGUAACCGAUACUAGGCGGCAGCUGUAUCCGCCGGAAAACCCUGAGCACCGUGCCGAUAUUGAAAAAUGUAUCCGUAAAGUACGAGAGCGCCAUGAUCAGGAACUGAUGAAAGCGUUGGAGGAGAUGGAGCAAAAGGAAAAUAAGUAAUCGGCGGAGAUACAUUCGCUCAUCGCAAUGUACAUAAUUUGUUUUUGUUUAGUGUAAAACCGAAGUUGGUAGGAAAAUAUAUAAAAUGCUCUGUUGCUGAACGUUUUUGAACG